UUUACUUUGCCCUGUGCAGCAGAUGAGUUUCAGCCUCCCCAAGCCCAAGGAGAGAGCCGACCGGGACCUGUGGAAGGGAACCUUGUUCACGCUGAAAUCUGCAGGAUUCGGGACUCUGCGUGGAUCAUGGAUGGUUUCGUGUAGCCGGGUUUUGCGGGCGGAUUCCCGGCUUUGUGCGCUUUCUCUGGAGCGGACCUCUCUCUGCGACUCCAGGCAGCUCCGGGGGAAACCAUAUCUGGUCAAAGUAUUCGUAGCUGUCACCCAGCUGGGCCGAUUGUCUAUAAAUAGCGCCGGAGGAGGAUUCUGACUUUGGUUGAAGCGCUUCAGGCACUUUGCUGCCUUUUUCCUGCUGAUUUACCCCUGAGGUGGGGAUCUCUGAGGUGAGCACGGUCAGAAGGAAGAACAACACCAACUUCCCUCUCCAAAUCUUAGAAUUUACAGAAAACUCCCAUCUUUCUGAUUUGGAGGGGGUUUUGAGGGGUGCUGUUCAGGAUGUCGGUGCUGAAGAAGGAGAUGGACAAGUACAGGGACAUAGACGAGGACGAGCUGCUGAAGAAGCUCUCAGAGGAGGAGUUGCAGCGGUUAGAGGAUGAAUUGGAGGAGCUCGAUCCUGAUAAUGCGCUGUUGCCUGCGGGCCUGCGGCAGAAGGACCAGACCAAGAAAUCACCAACGGGAACAUUUCAGAGAGACAACCUCCUGGCUCAUCUGGAGAAACAGGCCAAAGAGCAUCCUGACAAAGAAGACCUGGUGCCCUUCACUGGGGAGAAGAGAGGAAAGGCCUGGGUGCCUAAAAAGCAUGUGGACCCAAUGAUUGAGAGCGUUACUCUUGAGCCGGAACUGGAGGAAGCCUUGUCGAGUGCUACUGAUGCAGAACUCUGUGAUAUAGCAGCUAUUUUGGGAAUGCACACCCUGAUGAGUAACCAGCAGUACUACGAAGCCCUGGCCAGCAGCACCAUCGUCAACAAGCAGGGCCUCAACAGUGUGAUCCAGUGCACACAGUAUAAGCCGGUCCCUGAUGAAGAGCCAAACUCCACCGAUGUAGAGGAAACACUGAUGAGAAUAAAGAGGAACGAUCCUGACCUGUUGGAAGUCAACCUGAACAACAUCAGGAAUAUCCCCAUACCAACUCUGAAGGCAUACGCUGAGGCUCUGAUGAAGAACACCGUGGUCGAGAGGUUCAGUAUCGUGGGAACCAGGAGCAACGACCCCGUAGCAUUUGCCCUCGCAGAAAUGCUGAAGGUAAACACGAUGCUGAAGAGCCUGAAUGUCGAGUCCAACUUCAUUACGGGGACUGGAAUCCUGGCCCUGGUCGAGUCUUUGCAGAAUAACAGCACACUAGUUGAGCUCAAAAUUGACAAUCAGAGCCAGCCACUGGGAAACAAGGUGGAGAUGGAGAUAGCCAGCAUGCUGGAGAAAAACACCACGCUGUUGAAGUUUGGAUAUCAUUUCACCCAGCAGGGCCCGCGUCUCCGUGGCUCCAACGCCAUGAUGAACAACAACGACCUCGCCCGGGUUGUCAGGUCAGAGUCAGACGGCUCUUUUACCCUCACUCUAUCCGUUCCUGAGCUGGAGAGAGCCUUUGGGAAAAAGUUCAAGUCCAAGACUAAUAAGAAAGAGAAGGCUUGAGGGGGGACCCAUCUUCCCAAAGUGUCGAACGAAUGUGUAGAAAUCAGGGCUACCUUCAACUUCCUCCAGCCACCUGUGAUGCCAUCAUCAUCCUCACAGCCACCGGCAGCCCAGUGCGACAGGCUCCGUUUUUUUCUAACUUACAGACUUGUGUUUGGCAGAUGUUAAAGGAGACAGCUGGAUUGAUCAGCAGCAUCCUUUUGAGCUCUCAUUGCAUGCGAGAGGCGAGAUGUAUUGUAUUGUUUUUGUAUUUCACAUUGAUCCUAGGUUUUGGACAAUAAAACUGUAGUCUUUUGAACGGACUAGAGUAUCAUUUUGAAUGCUUUAGUAUCUGAACAAGUGAUCCAAAUAGGGCACGGUCUUCAAUGUGGGCCUAUUGGAAAGGUGACGGUUGACUUUAAGAAAAUCGCUGUGUCUGAGUUGAGUGAUUUUAAGUGAUUUUGUGAUGAACAUUGCUUUGUAAAUGAGUCGUGCUGUCAAAACCUCCCAGAUGUUCUGGUAUUUUCUACUACAUUAAAUGACUCUUAAACGUCUUGAACUAUAACAAGAAAUGCUGUUUUAGACGUUACACACAAUUUGUGACUCGCUCUGAUUAAGCUAUGAAGACGUUUGAGUAAAAAUACUGUGGGAUUUAACACAAUAUACAUAAGAUAUUUAUUUUAUACAGACUUGGCUGAAAGAGUUAGAAUCAUUCGAAUAAUUUUAAUUAACUGCAAUAGAAUAUCUCUUUAGAAUUAAUUUUAUUUUUCAGUGUUUAAAAUGUCCCUAUCUGCUGGUUAGAAAUGGCAAACUGUAAUGAGGAAGGGAAGGAAUGACCUCCAUGUUAAAUUUAAACACAAAAGUAUCCAAAAAAAGGGUUUGAAUGGGUUUGUGUCAUGAUUUCAACCAGGUCUGAUUUGUUGAUGUGUUUGUUUAUUUGUAUUUACUUGAGUUACAUUUUGAGCUUUUCAAUAACAGGUUUUGCACAUAACACCUCAAAUAAGAAAAAGUUUAUUUUCUUUUUGUUUUAACAACACUCAGAUAAUUAAAAAAAACACCUAUUUUGAUUGAGAAAUGCUAGCAGACUCGUAUAAAGUGCUAUGAAAACAUGCUUCGCUCUGAUGGGCAUUUAUUGAACCACUGAACACCCGAAGUAAUCUGUUACUCAAGUAAAAAAAAGUUUUAUAAGAGCUUUAGGUUGGAUAAAUGCAGCAGUAUAUUUGGCAGUACUUAAUGUGAUUUCUUGUUCGAGAUUAGAUGCCAUCUAACCAGAAAUGAGACCCAGCGAAGCUCCAGAGAAAUUCACAGGAAAUUGUGUUGUUUUAUCAGAUCAAGAUGAAAUGGCCUUGAAACCCCCUGCGUUAAGAAUCAAACAUGUUUCUUUGAACUCCUUAAUGGUUAACUGACUCUGGCAGCACCUUUUAAAGGUAGACAACCCAUUUCAUCGUAUUUUAUAUCACUGCUUUGUUCCCAAUAGUCAUAAUAGAUGUAAAGAUUCAUAUCUGAAUGCUGUACAACAAAGAAUAGGCUACACCCACCACCUACAGUUUUGUGUCCUUUUUUUGUGACGUUGCAGUGCUUGAUUCUGUUUUGUUAAGUAGGCCACUGUAGAACUUUUGUUUUGUUGAAAUGUUUUGUUUAUGGAUUUAAUAAAGCUUUAAAAUGA